UCAAGCAGUCGAUUUUUGGCAGCACUUCAAGAAGGACCAGAGUUUUUUAGCAAAAAUUAAAAUGUUGCGAAACACUUGCAUAUUUGUUCUUCUUUUUGCAUACGUGGUCAGCGACUCAAGUACUUACAACGCGCCUUUUCUGAAAAGAUGCAAAUUAAAUGACAACGAGUGCAUGUUGUCGUCCAACCUGCAGAUUGCAAUGCCAUACAUCGCUGAAGGAAUUCAAGAGAUCGGCAUAUCUACCACGGACCCAAUGAUUUUGGAAAAUAUAAUCAUGGACACAGAUGAAAGUGUAUUUAAAUUUGUCUUGCCGACUUUAAAAGUGCAAGGUGGUAGAAAGUGCAAGGUGACUGAUUUUAUGCAAAAUCUUCAGGAGUCUACUAUGAAAUUGACACUUGACUGUCCAUUCAUAGGAACAGGCACAUACAAAUUUUCCGGUAAAAUGAGGGUAUUUAAUAUAGAAAAGGAAGGAGACUUCAAAAUACAUACAGAUUCAUUGAGGACCAUUAUGACAAUGAAGAUGGAGAAAACUACUGUCAACGGAAAGAAAUAUUGGAACCUUUUGAGUUACGAAUUCACAAGCGAGCCUUUAGAAUCUAUGCAUAUAGAAAUUGACGGACUCUUCUCCGGUGAAUUGAAUAAAGCACGAUCAUACCUGAGCGCCGUAAACAAAGACUGGGACAGCACGCUCCAAGUUGGAAAACCUAUUGCUGACGCCAUAGUCAAAAAUACCUUUAAAACCCUAAAAUCAUUUUUCCUUAGAGUGCCAAUUGAGGAUCUUCUAGCUUAAAUUAUGUAAUAUGAGACAUCAAUUUUUUACAUAAUAAAGAAUUU